GUUCCGGUCCCGCCGCCAUGAGCCGCCGCCCGGCGUUCCCUGGGCUGCCAGGGGAAUCGGUGCUGGAGGCGGCGCAGGGAGCGCGGCUGCGGAGCGGGGCGGGGGACGGGAGCGUCCCCGGGACCCUCGUGUGCACCAACCGCAGGGUUCUGUUCCUGCCCCGCCAGCCUCCUGGCUCCCACCUCUUCCACCCCAGCACCCACGAGGUGGCCUUGUCCUGCAUCCAGGAGCUGGUGGCAGUCAGCAGCUUCACCAAGCCCCAGGUGCUGAAGGCCUCCACCCCCCUGAGGUUCAUCCCUGAGGAGCUGCUCCUCUCCUGCCGGGAUUUCCGGCUCCUCCGCUUCCACUUCCAGCAGGAGGUGGGGGCUCCCCAGGCGUUUCGGGUGGCCAACGCCAUCGCCCAAGCCCGGGAGGCAUCGGGGUGGUCUGGGGACAACGGGGAGGGACCUGGGGGUUGGUGCUGUGGCACUGAAGAGCCCUGGGAGGAUGAGGAGGAGGAGGAAGAGGGGAGGAGGAUGAAGGCUCAGCCACCACCCUGCUCUUUGAGAACUGGAGGGACUGGAGGAGGAGCUGAAUGCGUUGGUGCCGCGGCGCUGGAGGGUGAGCGCCGUUCAAUGAACGCUUCGAUAUGGCCACCAGUCUCCCACGGUACCUGUGGGUGCCCAGUGGGCUCCUGGACCACGACCUGAAGAGGAUCUUCCCCCACUUUGAGGAGCGCCGGGUGGCGCGCCUGUGCUGGCACCACCCGGGGGGCAGUGACCUCCUGAGAGCUGCUGCCUUCCACCCCGAGUCCCAACCCGGCAGCGAGGAUGUGAG